AUGCCCAACAAACCCGCCAAGCCCGUCCACAUCGAGACCACCGUCUCCUCCACCUUCAUGGACUCCUCCAUGGACCUGCCCUCCGUGUCCAAGAAGCAGGAGACCCAGCACUUCGAGUUUGCCGGCGACAGCGUCUCAGACGCCGAUUUCGCCAACACCGCGGUCGCCAGCGACACCAUCGCCAAGUUCCUCGGGCUCUCCGAAGACGCCCGGCGCGCCGACGGAGAUGAGAAGCACAUGUCCCUGCUGCAGGCCAUCCGCCAGUACCCCAAGGCCGCGUUAUGGUCCGUGGUGCUGUCGUCUGCGCUGAUCAUGGAGGGCUACGACACCACGCUGCUAUCGUCCUUGUUCGCGCUGCCCGCGUUCGCCCAGAAGUUUGGCAACUGGAAUCCCGUCGCCCAGGUCUACGAGGUGCCUGCCAAAUGGCAGACCGCCCUGUCCAUGUGCACCAAUAUCGGCGAGCUCUUUGGCCUGCAGCUUGCCGGCAUUGUCGCCGAACGCAUCGGCUACCGCUACACCCUGAUCGGCUCGCUGUCCAUGGUGUUCGGCUUCAUCUUCAUUCUGUUCUUUGCGCCCUCGUGCGCCGUACUGGCGGUUGGCGAGAUCCUGUGUGGUAUUCCCUGGGGCGCUUUCCAAACUUUGACCGUCACUUAUGCCACCGAGGUGUGUCCACUCGCCCUCAGAUACUACCUCACUACCUAUGUCAAUAUUUGCUGGAUCCUCGGCCAAAUCAUGGCCUCCGGCAUUUUGAAAAACUCUCAAGAGAAUUUGCAAAACUCGGACAUGGGCUACCGACUCCCUUUUGCACUCCAGUGGAUUUGGCCCAUCCCCAUCGCCAUUGGUAUCUAUCUCGCUCCCGAAUCGCCUUGGUGGCUCGUGAAGAAGGGCAGAAUGGAUCAAGCCGCCCACAGUUUGGACCGUUUGGUCUCCGGCCUGUCUCCCGAGGAAAAACCCAUGGUUAUUGACGCCAUGCUCAACAAGAUUCAAUUGACCGUUCAAAAGGAAGAGGCCGUCACCAAAGACGCCACCUACUGGGACUGUUUCAAAGGCGCCGACGGCAGAAGAACCAGAAUUGCAUGUCUCACCUGGGUCACUCAAAACGCCUGUGGCAGUGCCAUGAUGGGCUACUCCACUUAUUUCUACACCAAAGCCGGUUUGGAUAGCUCCAUGGCCUUCACUUUUAGUAUCAUCCAAUACUGUUUGGGUCUCAUUGGUACCACCUUAUCGUGGGGUAUCUCCAAGAAAUACGGCCGUUUCACCAUUUUUUCCACCGGUUUAGCCGUUCAAUUGAUCUUGUUGGUUCUCAUUGGUGGCCUCGGGUUCAGUCAUUCCAAAGGGUCUAGUUGGGCUAUCGGUUCUUUACUAUUGGCCUUCGUGUUCGCGUAUGAUGUUGGUGUGGGCCCCGUCACUUACUGUGUGGUGCCAGAAAUUCCAAGUAAUAAACUGAGAACCAAGACUGUUAUCCUAGCACGUAAUUGCUACAACUUGAUGGGCAUUAUCAACUACAUCUGGACCCCAUACAUGCUAAACAGUGAAGAAUGGAAUUGGGGUGCAAAGACCGGAUUGUUCUGGGCUGGAAUCUGUGGCGUCAUGCUGGCAUGGGCCAUUUGGGAUUUACCAGAAACCAAAGAUCGCACUUUUGGUGAAAUUGACGAAUUGUUUCACUUGCGCGUUCCCGCCCGUAAAUUUAAGUCUACCGAGGUUAAUCCAUUCGAUAGCGGUAAGUUGAUGGCCGAAUUGGGCGAUGAUCAAAUCGAAAGGAUUGUUAAAAACGACGAUCGUGCCAAGUCUCGAAAAAUGGCUGUCAUCCUUGAGGAUUCCGAUUGA